AAUUCAAUAUUCAUUGUGAUCACAACUUGAAACAAUGAUGUUGUUUUAUUCUCUCUUGACGACAUUGGUGUUCCUUUCGGGGUUGGCUAAUGCCUUUUAUUUACCAGGGGUUGCUCCAACAAACUACAAAAAGGGUGACACCAUUCCCUUAUUUGUAAAUCAUUUGACUCCUUCUUUGAAUCAUUAUUCUAAUGCUGCUCAUAAGAAGGUUAACACAAAGACAUUUGUAUACUCAUAUGAUUACUAUUACCCAAGAUUUCACUUCUGUAAGCCAAAUGGAGGUCCAAAGAAGCAACUGGAAUCUUUAGGAUCAAUUGUUUUUGGUGACAGAAUCUUUAAUUCUCCAUUUGAUAUCAAAAUGUUGGAAGAAAAGUCAUGUGAAAAGUUAUGUUCUUCCACAUACGGAAAGACGGAUGCCAUCUUUGUUAAUAGAAAUAUUAGAGCUGGAUAUAGCCAUAAUUGGAUUAUUGAUGGAUUACCAGCUGCUAAACAUAUUUACGAUCCCAAGACUAACUCUGAAUUUUAUGGUUCUGGAUUUGGAAUUGGUGAAGUUGAUGAGCAAAACCUUGCUAACUUGUUUAAUCAUUUCGAAAUUAAAAUUGAAUAUCAUAAGCGUGCUGAAGACACUUUUAGAGUUGUCGGAGUUACUGUAUAUCCAAUGUCCUUUGAUAGAUCUAAGUUAGCUAAGGAUGCUUCCAAGGAUCAACUUUGUUCUUCAGAAUUGAAGUCUAUCAAUUUGGAUAAAGAUGGUGAAACUGUGGUACUUUUCACAUAUGCAGUUACUUUUGAAGAAUCUGACACCGUUUGGGCUACAAGAUGGGAUAAAUAUUUGCACGUAUAUGACCCAAAGAUCCAAUGGUUUUCCUUGAUUAACUUUUCUUUAAUUGUUAUUAUUUUGGGUAUAAUUAUCGCCCAUAUUUUAACUAGAACAUUAAAGAAUGAUAUUUCAAAAUAUAAUGAAGUUAACUUAGAUGAUGAAAUUUCUGAUGAAAGUGGAUGGAAAUUGGUUCACGGAGAUGUUUUCAGACCUCCAAAGCAAAGAAUGUUUUUGUCUGUUUUGGUUGGUAGUGGUGUUCAAAUUUUCUUGAUGAUCCUUGUUACAAUUGUUUUCGCCCUUUUUGGUUUAUUAUCCCCUUCAAACAGAGGAGCAUUAUCUACGUUUAUGUUCAUUCUUUACAUUUGCUUCAGUAUAGUGUCUUCAUUUGUUUCUGGAUACCUUUACCGUUUUUUCGGUGGAGAAAAUUGGAAAUGGAAUAUGAUUUUAACUCCUGUUUUAGUACCAGGUUCAUUAUUUGGAAUUUUUGUUUUGUUAAAUUUCUUCUUAGUUUUUGUUAAUUCAUCUGGUGCUAUUCCAUUUGGUACUUUGGCUGCAAUUGUUGUCAUUUGGUUUGUUUUCUCAAUCCCAUUAUCUAUUGUUGGAUCUAUCUUGUCAGCUAAGAGACAAUUGAUCUCUGUUCCUGUCAGAACUAAUCAAAUCCCAAGACAAAUUCCACCUCAGCCAUGGUACUUGAGAACUAUUCCAAUUAUGUUAAUGUCCGGUAUUUUCCCAUUUGGAUCCAUUGCCGUCGAAAUGUACUUCAUUUACUCAUCUUUAUGGUUUAACAAAAUCUUUUACAUGUUUGGAUUUUUGUUCUUUUGCUUCAUUUUGAUGCUUACAACGACAUCUUUGAUCUCAAUUUUAAUGAUUUAUUACACUUUAUGUUCUGAAAACUUUAAGUGGCAUUGGAAAUCUCUCUUUGUGGGUGGAGGAUGUGCAAUUUAUGUGUUCAUUCACUCAUUGUUCUUAACUCAUGGAGAAACUCUUGCCGGCUUAACCUCAUUCGUGUUGUAUAUUGGUUACUCCUUUGUUGUGUCAUUACUAGUAUUUAUUUGUUGUGGUUCUGUUGGUUUCCUCAGUAGUUUGUUUUUCGUCAGAAAAAUUUACUCUGAAAUUAAAAUCGAUUAAGUGCGCAAGAAUGAUUUAAAUAAAAAGGAAAGACUAUCUGAUCAUUUUUUUAUUCUGUUUUCAAUGAUUCUAUUCAAUGGUUGGAUUUCUGUACGGAACAUUUUGUAAUAAAGGAAGUAUAUAAAUAGAGAAAUACAAAAACUA